AUGGCUUCCAACACCAAGUAUCAGCCAGCUCCUCAGAGCGACCCCGACGACUACACCCACGCGCCCCCCGCCUACGCUGAGGGUUCGGCUGCUCGCGAUGAGACCCAGGGCCUCUUUGGUGCGCCCCGCGAUAGCGAGGACAACCUCCCCGAUGAUUUCAAGUUCGGCGGCUCUGUGGCUGAGGCCACUGUCGAUAUCCGCAACCAGUUCGUUCGCAAGGUCUAUACCAUCCUCACUGUCCAGCUCCUUGCUACUGCUGGAGUGAGCAGCCUCACAUUCUUCAGCACCGGUUACAAGGACUGGAUCCAGAGCCACCCCGGUGUCGUUUGGGCUUCGCUCUUUGGUGCCAUGAUCUUCAUGGGCUUGACCUACUGGAAGCGCAAGUCUUACCCAACUAACCUUCUCUUCCUCUCGCUCUUCACCCUCGCCGAAGCCUACACCAUCUCUGUCAUCGUAUCGUUCUACAAGACAUCCAUCGUUCUUAACGCUGUCGUUCUUACUGCCGGAAUCUUUGUCUUCCUUACUCUCUUUGCUUGCCAGACAAAGUAUGACUUCACAUCAUGGAUGCCUUACCUCUUCGGUGCCCUGUGGGGUCUCGUUAUCUUCAGCUUCAUGGCCAUGUUCUUCCCUUACAGCUCUACCGGCGAGCUCAUCUACGGUGGCCUUGCUGCUCUCAUUUUCAGUGGCUACAUUCUCGUCGACACCCAGCUUGUCCUUCGUCACCACCAUGUCGAGGAGGAGAUCGCUGCUGCCAUCAGCCUUUACCUCGACAUCAUCAACCUCUUCCUCGCUAUUCUGCGCAUUCUCAACAGCCAGUCUAAUAACUAA